ACAGAAAUGCCACAAGCCAUCUGCCCCAUGUUUCCUUGCCACUACUUUCCCUGCCCCCGCCACAUACACCUCAAAUUUUAGAAUUAUUGCUUCUCCUUUUCCUUUUCUCCGCCUAUUCCUUCCCUUUUACGCCACUUCAUUUAUACAUCAUACGGCUUUGAAUGUGUCAAAUCAAUUAAUGAACUAUCAUUAAUGUUACUGCAAAUGUAAAAUCUUGUCUCACCAUAAUCAAUUGGAUCCAUAAUCUAGAAAAAUUGAAUUGCAUUUAGGGCAUUUUCUCUGUUUUCUCCGUUUUCUUCCAAUGCUCUUCGUGUGUUUGGAGAAAUUAAACGAGAUCAAUAAUGGCUUCUACGGUUUCAACAGCUCGAAGCUCUGCUUAUCUAACAGCUCUUACACAAGAGAUUGAAAAGAAACUUCAACGUGCAUUGACUUCGCCCUCGCAGAGGCGUAACUUAUUGCAAGAGCUUUUUGCUGAUAUAGCUUUGGAAGUAGAUGAUCGAGCUAAAGAGAUAUUACUCUGCAGCGAGGAUGCUAUUACGGUUGCAGAGGAAAGGACUGAAGGACCAAUAUGCUACUACAAUGUGCUUGCCGAUCAUUUUGUCCAUGUACCUCAGAAUGGAAAACCGAUCCUUGAUUUGAUAGUCCAACUGUGGAGCCAAUCUUUCGCUUCAAAUAUUUUUUCACUCCUUUUCCAUAAGUGGUUGUUUGAGGCUCAACUUGAAAAUUCUGAUGUCCUCCUUCGCUACUCAUCAGCUCUUGUUCAAGGAGCUACAAAUGUAUUUUGGAUUGACAUCCAAACAAACACUAGGCGUUUUCAGAGUCUUUUUCAGUAUCUGCUUGAGGAAGUUGCCCUUGUUCCUGACCGAUUAAAGAAGAUCCCUUUGCAGGCCCAAAGAGAUUUAUUCAUCUUACUCUCAAGGUUCAUAUUUUUCUAUAACCUAGGUGACAAGCUAGGAUGUUUUUUGAGGCAAUUCCCUGAUUUUCCGAAUGCUUUCUUAAUUGGUGGUGCAGCAGAUAUAUUUGUCACUGAACUAUCUGAUCAGCUUCAAAAACUAAAAGUGGAGCCAGUGUUGUUGCACUAUCUCUCCCAAUUGAAGGUCCUUCAAGGAUUAGAGUUGAGAAUGGCUACUAGUACAAGAUUGAAAACUUGCUUGUAUAGCUUCACGUCACCAGGUGCUCCCAUGUACCCAACAAGAGCUGUCCGCCAUUCAGCAUGGGAUGCAUUAGAUUUGCUAUAUCCUGUCGGACGGUACCCUCGGCAUAUCAUUAGUCUCUUUUUCCGUUUGCUGUAUCCUUGGUAUUGGCCUUCUUCAUUUUGGAAUUUUAUCAAGUCGUGCAUUCUGGCUGUAUUCUAUACUCUUUUGAGGUUAGUAUUUUCUGGUUGGGAUAAAGUGAGGAGCAGAACAAAGGAGCAAUGAUGUCACACCAAUGGUGUUGUACAUUUAGCUUGUGUGGAGUAAUGUUGUAUUUCCUUUUGUAGUCCAGAAGUUAGGUUGUUGGACGUAUCAAAAAAAUUUCCUGCAUGUAAUUAAGACAUUGGGAAUUAUUGUUUUCCAAAGCACGGUGGUGUGGAUCAAUGUCGAGAGGGUGGUAUUGGUUUCUAUUUCCA